AUGUUAUACGAACAACUUCCUAUCCAAAAAUUAUAUAAUGAACAACAACAAUCCAGCACGAAAGCUACGGAACCAUUUACAGUAUUCCGUGGACAAGGUUUGUCAGUUGAAAAUUUCGAUAAAAUGAAACAAACCAAAGGAGGACUUAUGUCCUUCAAUAAUUUCUUGUCCACAAGUGAAAAUCGUCAAGUGUCCCUUAAAUUUGCUCGAGAAGGAGCAUCGAAAAAUUCCGAUAUGGUCGGUAUUCUCUUCAUUAUGACUAUUGAUCCUGAUGUAUGUACAAAAUCAAAAAUUCCAUUUGCUGAUGUUAGUCAAGUUAGCUUUUUCGAAGGCCAAGAAGCUGAAAUUCUUUUUACAACACAUACAAUAUUUCGAAUCGAUAAAAUUCAACAAAUUCAUGACGAUCAUACUGAUCGUCUAUGGAAAGUUCAUCUUAUCCUUGUGGGUAAUGACAACCACGAGCUAAAUACACUUACAGCACACGUACGCAACGAGGUCAACUUGAAAGCACCAAUACGAGGAUGGUCUCAACUAGCUUUCAUACUUCUUAAAGUGGGUGAGCCUGCAAAAGCUAAAAAACUCUACAAAAUACUUCUCCAAAAGGCAUCCUCUGAUAAAGAGAGAUCAGAUUACAAUUAUAAACUUGGUUGGGCAUAUGAUGACAUGGGCGAGUACUGGAAAGCACUUUCAUCGUACGAACAAUCACUUGAAAUCCGAAAAAUAGCUCUCCCUCCAAAUCAUCCCGACUUGGCUGCUUCCUACAACGGCAUCGGUUUGGUGUAUAAUAACAUGGGCGAGUACUCGAAAGCACUUUCAUCGUAUGAACGAUCACUUGAAAUCCGAAAAAUAGCUCUCCCUCCGAAUCAUCCCGACUUGGCUACUUCCUACAACAACAUCGGUAUGGUGUAUUAUAACAUGGGCGAGUACUCGAAAGCGCUUUCAUCGCACAAACAAUCACUGGAAAUCCGGAAAAUAGCUCUCCCUCCGAAUCAUCCCAACUUGGCUUCUUCCUACGGCAACAUCGGUAAUGUGUAUAUAGACAUGGGCGAGUACUCGAAAGCACUUUCAUCGUACGAACGAUCACUUGAAAUCCACAAAAUAGCUCUCCCUCCGAAUCAUCCCGACUUGGCUUCUUCCUACAACAACAUCGGUAUGGUGUAUGAUGAAAUGGGGGAGUACUCGAAAGCACUUUCAUCGUAUGAACGAUCACUUGAAAUCCGAAAAAUAGCUCUCUCUCUGAAUCAUCCCGAUUUGGCUGCUUCCUACAACAACAUCAGUAAUGUGUAUGCUGAAAUGGGCGAGUACUCGAAAGCACUUUCAUCGUAUGAACGAUCACUUGAAAUCAAAAAAAUAGCUCUCCCUCCGAGUCAUCCCGACUUGGCUUCUUCAUACAACAACAUCGGUAAUGUGUAUAGAAACAUGGGCGAGUACUCGAAAGCACUUUCAUAUUACGAAAAGGCGCAAGAAAUCUUCCAAAAAUCAUUACCUCCAAAUCAUCCACAUAUUGCACUUGUGAAAAGAAACAUUGACAAUGUGAAAAAGAAAAUGUAA